UUUAUCCAAGAAAGCAAUAUGGACUGCCACAUCAGUAAAGUAUAGCUCCAGGAAUAUUGGAAAUAACCUUAGCUAAACUUCCAGACACUAUCUUAAUUCCUUAACAAAAUAUGACACAUUCAAGCAAAUGGUGAUCUACAAGAUAAAGGAAUCACCUGUGAAAUUAAUACAAACCUAACAGACGAAAAGUCUGCUAUUUCAAUAUUAUAUUAUACUGGCUUUUUUCUCUCCUCCUUUGGCGUAACGUGAGUUAGAAAGCCUAUCAGGUAACUUACGUAAACAUGUGAGAAGCAUGUCAACCCAGGUAAUGACCAAGAUUCUACUCAUUAGCCACACCAUCCCUCUUUUGUUGUCCCUGCCGCCUGAACCUGAACCGACGCGUCUCUUUCAAGAAACACGACAGGUAGCCCACACCUCCUUUCCCUCCUGCCAUACAUGCGUGGAGCAGCCUACCCCUCACCAUGUAACCCACACACUCAAGGACUAGACCAGAGUAGUCUAUCUCAACACAUCAGCAAACAGGAGUGAAUAAAAGUUCUGCGCCAUCACUGUGAACAAUAUAAACAAAGAUGUCCAGCUCUGUAACUUCUGGAGAACCACCAACAAAAAGACCGUCAAUUGACUUCAAUCGAUGUCUAAAAUGCCAAGGGGAAAAAUGAACGAACACUAAAAGCAAAGGAAAAGAGCUGGAAGCACUGACAUGUCCUAAAAGCGAAAGUUAUCAGAACUUCCUUGACACUAUCGAGCUCCGAGCUGAAUAUGGGAAUCAAGACUUCGUUCAAUUAAAUCAACGGAUGCGCGGUUUAUCAGCAGAAAUCCUGAACGACAACCAUGCUGUUUGGCACAGAACAUGCUAUAGUGAAGUCACACACAAGGGACACACUGAGAGAGACCAGAAGCGCUAUGAAAAGGCACUUACAACAAGCGACCCUGGUAUGUUGUCUUACAGGAAAGGUGGGGGCCGACCCACGUCAUCAACUGCCACUCUUGCGUCUGACAGAGAUGCAGGUGUUGAUUCGACCAAUAGAAAGCUCACACGAUCUCACGUGAGUGCAUUUAACAGAGAACUAUGCUUCUACUGCCAAGAAAUCAAACACACCAAAAAACACGCCAGGGCAGGAUCCACACCAGAGGAGCUUCAUAUAUGUAGAAGUGCAGACAUUGGACAAUCAAUCAAAAAAAUUGUUGAUGCCAGUGACAAAGACUUGUGGAAGCUAAACAUGGCCGACAUCCUUGCAGAUGGAGACUUUCUUUCCAGGGACAUCAGAUACCACAAAAGCUGCCAUACGAUGCACUGGCAACGCUAUUUGCAACAUCCCCAAAGACCCAGUACAAAGAAGGACCAUUCGAAUGAAGACACAGUGGCAUUCAUAUCAGCUGAGAUAGAAUUUUUCGCCGAACUACGAGAGCGUUUGGAUAAUGGAGACAUUAUAACACUGACCGAUGUUGCUGCAUUGUACUCUGACAUGAUGUACGACCAUCGAAUUCCCGACAAGCAAAUCUCACGACAGGCCCUCUUAGCAAAAAUCGAACAAAAUAUUACCAAUUUCACAAUCACUGAUGCCAGAGGAAGGAAGCCCGCAGUGAUACAUUCCAGGGAAUCUGGUCGGUCUGCCAUAGACCAGGCAAUGGAGGAGAGAGACCUGAAAGCAGACAUAACAGCAAUCUACCGCUGCUCAAAGGUCAUCAGACAAGCAGUGCUACAGACCACAAAAAAGAACAUCCGUGGUCCUUUGAUGGUUCUUUAGUUGGAUGUGGCGAAGCUGGUGUUCCAGCUGAACUAAUGACAUUAAUGCGAUGGAUCUUGCAAGGGGCAAAAGCUGCAACAACAGAGACAUGUACUGAACUGUUGCAUAAAUCAUGUCUCGUUCUGUCUCAAUCCAUCGUACAGGCUUGCAAGACAGACCGACAAGUGGCACUCAUCCCACUUUCAUCUGACUCCAGAUUUCGUAAUACGUUUGAAAGCCCUUAUGCUAUAGGACUCUCGUUAUACAUGUACCACAACUUUCGAAGUCAGAAGGCGGUGUCUCUGCUGAACAUGUGUGGCGCUGGGAUUUCAUAUGAUAGAGUCACAACAAUAUGUGACACCAUCGCCCAUGCUGUUGCCAAGAAUAUCAAAGAGUAUGGUGUAUAUGUACCACCAGGUCUUCUGCGCAAUAAGAGGAUACGGGCUUCACUGGACAAUGUCGACAAAAAAGUGGACACCCCAGACGGAAAAGGAAGUUUCCAUGGAACGACAAUGGCAGUAUAUCAGCGAUCAGGUCAAGGCGAAACAGUGGUCAAACCUGUGCAGUUCAGUGAGAGUCCAACGUCUGAGUCUCUACAUGAUGUGCCACCCACCAUACUCAACUUGGCUACAUGUGACAUAGAAGGCAGUCCAAAGCCCAGGACCAGCCCACACUAUAGCAGCUACAAGAUUGGGGUGUAUGACGAGUAUUACAUGAGAUCACAAAGCAGUGACAUACAGUGGAUGGUGGCACGCUUCUUUAAUAGACCUGGCGUCCAGGAGCUUGGCUCAGAAGUAUCCCCAGGAGACAAUGAUGAACGCGAAGAUCAACCAACAACUGACAGGUUAAACAAGAGACAGUUUGUGCCUGUUUGGUCUGCUUACAACUCUCUCACCCACGUGCCACUAGCUACAGAUGCUCCCGCAGUAAUUGAUCAAGCCUUUGGUCUUCCAAUCAUCAAAGCUCCUGCUCAUGAAUGGUCCACUUUAGUUACAUCUCUGGAGAACUUGUAUAGGUUGAAUGAGCUUGUGACUGGCCCAGACAACAAACUGGUGGUAACCAUGGAAAUGGACCUGUAUAAACGAGCUCUAAAACUCCCAUACCUGGAUCCGCAGUACAAGGACAAAUGGGUGUUAUGCCCUGGCGGGUUCCACACAGUGUUGUGUUCCUUGAGGUGCUUAGGCAGGACGAUUGAGGGGAGCGGUAUUGAUGAUGCAUGGCAGGAAGCAGACCUAUGGUUUAGUGCAUUCUUGGAUGACCACCCGACAGUGUGUGAUUCACUACGUUCAGCUGCACAAGAAUUGACCGACGCAUGCAAGGCCAAUUUUGAAGUCCGUACGGCACACCAAACAUUUGCAAUGAAGCUGGAGUCCAUGAACCUUGAAAAGCAGCUUCGUGACUAUGAUGACGCUCAUGACCAAGAUCCAAUGUACAAGUGGGCGCGUAUGUACAUGAAACAGGUGAUGGUUCUGCUGCAGUUCCAACGCGCUACACGUGAGGGUAACUGGUUUCUCUACUUGUCAGCACUAGAAAAGCUCUGUGUCUACUUCUUCGCGUACAAUAGAUUGGAUUAUGCAGAACAUACCCGAAUACAUAGCUCGAAUGCAAGAGAUACAAACCACAGAUCCAAUGAUUUGGCAAGAGUUUGUAAAUGGUGACUUCACAGUGAAUACAAGCAACACUAUCCCGUUCACUCGUAUUGCAGUAGACCAGGCAAUGGAGCAUCAAAAUAAAUCUACCAAAGGUCAAGGAGGAAUCUCUGGAAUAACAUCAAACCCAAAGACUUUGCUGAAGUUCUGUCUCACUGGUCCUGAGUUGGCACGCAUUGCUUCCAAAAGUGAACAACUGGCAGCAGUGUCCAACAGUGCUACAAUACAACAACAGCACCACUGCCUCUCUCAGGCCAAAGUUCGUUGCCAGGAACAGGCAAUCACACAACUGAAGAAGGUACUGUCGCCAUGCAACAUCUUUAGUGGAUCAAAAGGAACUGAGACUGGGCCCGCCAGUGAUGCAACGACAGGUCGGAUGUUCAAGCUUCUGUCGAAGGAGAUCAUUCCGACAACAUCAAAAAAGCAUUCUGUCCACAGAGCAGAUUGGCAUGAAUGCAUACAGAAGUUUCAUUGAAGAUCGUCUGAUUGGCAAUGGAAACCUGUGGCCAAGAUGACAAAGGUUAAACUGCUGUCUUGGUCAGCAACUGCCAAGGAAAUUAAACUGAAAGCCGGUUCCCAAGUGAUCACACUGAAAGCAACAUCAUCACUGUUUGCUAGGAUGCUGGUGAUAGCACGAUCCUCAAGGGAUGACAUCAACUUAGAGGAAGUGAUUGGCACCCACGAGUUUGUGUACAUAAACAGGUUACUGAUGCAACCAGAUGGAGCAAUCCACCCGACCACUGACAAGAGCAUGGUAAUCCACCUGCUGGAGAACCUUCUGGAGCCAGAUGACAAUACAACCCCAGGAACCAAUGCUCAGGGCACCAUCGAUGAAAACGAGGGUUUCUGUCUUGUAGUUGAUGGCAUGGCUGUAUUGCAUGAGUUGAUGGCUGUCAAGAACGUCAAAAACUGCAAGGAUUUAGGCACAUCAUAUGUCAAGUUGAUUGACUCAAAAGCUCGAGGUUAUGGCCAAGUGAGGAUCAUCUUUGAUAAUUACACCAUAGUAUCUUCACUCAAGGAGGGCACACGGAGAGCCGCAGAGGCAAGUCCAAGGAAUCAUUUCCUACAUUGUAGAAGAUGCAACUUGUAUCAAAGACAAAGGUACAUUUCUUGCAAGCAAUGAGACAAAGGAUUCACUCACUUUGUACCUGGCACAACAACUCAUCAACCAGAGUACUACCAAGAACCUAGUAACCGUGACACGCAGCAGCAUUAUGACAAACUCUGAAUGUCAUGUAUCUACAGGUGUAAGCACCCACGAAGAAGCUGACACUCUGAUGAUAUUACACGCUGUAGAAGUAGCAGGAACAGGAUUUGAAGUCCACAUAUACUCACAGGACACUGAUGUUCUGCUCUUGGCUCUUCGUAGGGUGCCAAUGCUUGGUACGCGACCAGCAAUGAUCAUGGGCACCGGAGAACGCCGUCGCAUCAUCCAGCUGAAACCCAUCUAUGACAAGCUUGGUUCCGACAAAGCAUCAGCUUUGAUCAAAUGGCAUGCGCUGACUGGAUGCGAUACAACUGGGCAUAUACAAGGCAAAGGAAAAAAAGGAUGCUUCAAAGCUUUCCUUAAUGCCAGUUCAACCGUACUUGCUGCACUGAAUGGGCUUGGAGAAGGAGCCGAACCAUCAGAUAGUGUGGUCGAAGGGUGUGAAGAAUUCUUAUGCUCACUCUUCUGUCCUAAGCAACUCCAUAUCCCCAAGGCAAAGAAUCUCAGGUGGUACCUCUUCAAAAGGCUGAGAUCUGACCAAGGAGUAGACAUGUUACCACCUACACAUGGAGCUUGGCUCGAGCACAUCCGACGCGCACAUAUUCAAGCAAGUGUUUGGUCACAAGACCUGGUCUUAAAUCCAGUCAUACCAAAUCCUCUCAUGCUCGGAUGGCAAAUGCAACAUGACAAACUGAUGCCACUGCUAUCAAAGGAAGCACCAGCUCCAGAAGCAGUUCUUCAACUCAUUCGAUGCAACUGCGGAUCCACUAACAUCGAUUCAGCCAACAAGUGUUCGCGCAGAUGCUCUUGCAGACAAAAUAAUCUUGUGUGCACUGAAUUGUGCAACUGUACAGGAGAUGACACAUGCCAGAACACUAAUCCUAUCACAGAUGGCCAGGAUAUUGAAGAGGACUGACGUCGUGGACAUUUGUGGCUGUAACUUGAAACAGCAGAUCAUUAACAUUUGUGUUAUUCUUUUGCAAUAAGAAUUACUUGUUAAGUUGCUAGAAGCAGAAUCUUUUGGUGAACAUUUAUACCAUAAGUACAAAAUAGUCACACACUAUUAGUCUUUAUCACAUAUUUUCCAAAACUGGAUAAUUAUGGCCAUUUAGAAUUGUUACACACUGUAAAUAAUUUGAAAAUAUGUUAUUUUUGCGGAAUUUUUACGAUAUUAUUUGUUGAUGCUGAAAAUCAGUCUGGGACCACACAGAAAAACUGGCAACAUAAUUUUCCCUGUUUGAUGAUGUAUUUAGAUGAUAAUAAAACUUGUUGCCAAGAUUCUAUAUGAAAA